UCCUGCUCUCCGACCCCGGACCUCCCUUCCACCCCCGCGAGCCCUCAUUCUCGUUCCUUGCAUGGGGCCAGCUAGGGCCCUGGCGCCUGUGGACGAGGGGUCGAGGAGGCGCGCCCGCGCUGACGACGCAGCUUCGCAGGUCUAACCGGCCGCCCUUUCGGGAAUUCGGCAAGGCUGCGGCUUGAUGUUCGGCUCACUGGCGGGUCUUCAGCAGAGCAUGCGGAAGUAGCAUGUUCCCAGCGCUGGAAACAGAGCUGAAGCAGGAGGCUCUUCCUGAUCCCUAUGAAGACUUCAUGUACCAUCACCUCCAGUAUUAUGGCUAUUUUAAAGCUCAGAGAGACAGUUUGCCAAACUCUGCAACACAUCAGCAUGUUUGGAAGAAUAACCCUCGAUACCUGUUGAAUGGCUGUUAUGGAGAAAGAGAUGAUUUGUUACCAGACACCCUGCAAAAGGAGAAGCUUCUGUAUUCAUUUAUGCUGAGUUCACCACUUCUCAGAAGCAAGCAGCUUCUUUAUGAUGAGUUGGACGAAGUGAACCCACGUCUUCAAGAACCUCGCGACCUCUUUGCUUGUUUCUCUAGCAGUGGGUCACUGCAGGCUCCAAGGUGGCCAAUAGAAUGUGAGGUCAUCAAGGAAAACAUUCAUCAUAUUGAAUGGGUUCCACCUCGACCAGAAUAUUUCUAUCAACCUACAGGAAAUGAAAAAGUACCAGAAAUUGUAGGAGAGGAAAAAGGCAUAGUAGUUUAUCAAUUAGAUUCAGUACCCACAGAAGGUUCCUAUUUCACCAACUCCAGAGUGGGAGGCAAGCGAGGAAUUAUCAAGGAGAUUGCUGUCACAUUGCAAGGACCGGAAGAUAACACUCUACUAUUUGAGUCAAGGUUUGAGAGUGGGAAUCUGCAAAAGGCUGUCAGAGUAGGCACCUAUGAGUAUGAACUCACCUUGCGAACCGACCUCUACACAAACAAACACACUCAGUGGUUUUAUUUUCGCGUUCAGAACACUAGAAAAGAUGCCACCUAUCGCUUCACCAUUGUCAACUUGCUAAAACCUAAGAGCCUUUAUACUGUAGGGAUGAAGCCACUCAUGUACUCCCAGCUGGAUGCCAGCACCUACAACAUUGGCUGGAGGAGAGAAGGAAAUGAAAUCAAGUACUACAAGAACAACGCGGAUGACGGGCAGCAGCCUUUCUACUGUCUCACAUGGACCAUUCAGUUUCCACAUGACCAGGACACUUGCUUCUUUGCACACUUCUACCCAUACACAUACACUGAUUUGCAGUGCUACCUCCUGUCAGUCGCAAAAAACCCCGUCCAGUCUCGGUUCUGCAAGCUCCGAACUUUAUGUAGGAGCCUUGCAGGAAAUACCGUCUACCUGCUCACCAUCACCAACCCAUCUCGGACCCCUCAAGAGGCAGCUACAAAGAAAGCCGUGGUCUUAAGUGCCAGAGUCCACCCUGGGGAAAGUAAUGGCUCCUGGAUCAUGAAAGGCUUUUUGGACUUCAUCCUUGGCAACUCCCCAGAUGCCCAGCUCCUCAGAGAUAUCUUUGUCUUCAAGGUGGUUCCCAUGUUAAAUCCAGAUGGUGUGAUCGUGGGGAAUUACCGGUGUUCACUGGCUGGAAGGGACUUGAAUAGGCAUUACAAAACCAUUCUGAAGGAUUCUUUCCCUUGCAUUUGGUACACCAGGAACAUGAUCAAAAGACUUCUUGAAGAAAGAGAGAUUCUCUUAUAUUGUGAUUUCCAUGGCCACAGCCGUAAGAAUAAUAUCUUCCUCUAUGGCUGUAAUAACAACGACCGCAAGCACUGGCUUCAUGAGCGAGUUUUUCCUUUAAUGUUAAGCAAAAAUGCACCAGAUAAGUUUUCUUUCCACAGUUGUAAUUUUAAAGUCCAAAAGUGUAAAGAAGGAACAGGACGAGUUGUGAUGUGGCGGAUGGGAAUCCUGAACAGCUACACUAUGGAGUCUACCUUUGGCGGGUCCACCCUGGGCAAUAAAAGAGACACACACUUUACCAUUGAGGAUCUGACAUCCCUGGGUUAUCAUGUCUGUGACACCCUUCUGGAUUUCUGCGAUCCUGACCAAACCAAGUUCACUCAGUGUCUAGCAGAGCUUAAGGAGCUCUUACAACAGGAAAUCCACAAAAAAUUGAAUGAACUUGGAGAAGAUAUGAAUUUAGAAGGAAGCUGGAGUGACAUCUCUUUGUCUGACAUUGAAUCCAGCACCAGUGGUUCUGACAGCUCCCUCUCAGAUGGUCUCCCUGUUCACCUACAGAGCAUAGCAGAUGAGUUGAAUCAAAAGAAGAAGAUGUCAAAGAAAAAAAAAAAGAAGCCACUUAAGACUAGGAAACAGCGAAAUGAGCAGUACCAGAAAAAUAAUUUGAUACGAGAGUUAAAGUUAACAGAAGAGGCCCCGGAAAGGGCAAGAUUUACUUCUGUACUGCAAAAGCAGCGUACUUUUUUAAAAAACUCAGAGAAUUCUACUUCGACAAUAAAUAAUGUAAAACCAAGGUUGAAAGAGAUGCAGUUAAAUGGAAGGGACAAUGGUACCUCCCUGGACCCAUCAAUGUCCACAUUGAUUCUAACUAAGAAAGAGAGAAUGCAGAAGAAGGAAGCCUUAACAGCAUCAUGCUCUCCAAAGAGAAGUACCAGCUCCAGCCAAGAGCCAGCCCCAGGUAUGAAACCCAGCUGGCAUAGGAACAGCUAUCCUGCUGCAAGGAGAAGCCGGCCCACCAUGGCAGUGUACCCUUCCUUACACGUUUACACGUACCCAUAGGUGCACUUGGGCCACAGCACACAGAGCUGGGGUAGACCCAUUUUGUAACAGGGAGAGAGAUGUGUGCUUAGGAACUGGGCUCGCUCAUGGUAUGCUGAGUCAUGCAUUCAUCACGCACUGACCUUACACUUCACUCUUAACACUGUGCACAUGUCCUCAGGACACAUACCUCAUGAAUUCCAUUAUUUUUCAUACAAUGAAAUUUUCUCAUAACGUAUAGAAAGUGCAUCUUCAUUAUACCAAAGUGUGUGCUCAUGGAACUACAGCACAGAUACACUUCAUUUUAACCAACCAUCUCUCUAAAAUAGGGGCAAAUCCAUUUUAAAGGUCCCAUUAUUUUAAACAUAUUUUGGGAGUAUGCUAUAUGGAAAAAGGUCUUGUGUCCAAGCUUGCCAAGGAUAAAUGAUUGGCUAGACUGUUGUACACCAGGUUUCCUCCGAGUCAGGUGUUUCCACAUAGAGGUAACAGUUCAUGUGUUACCUAGAAUUUAAUGUCGUGUAUAUUAUGUUCAAUAAGGCUAUGUAAAUCCUUCUACCU